UCUCUGUCCAUUCCUCUGUCAGAGCAAUUGUGCUUUCAAGCAAUGGAAAUUAAGACUGGUGUGUUAGAUAUGAAUAAUUAUCUAAAACGAGAUCUGAGUCUGGCUUCAAUAAAAAACAAUAGGACCCCCUACACACACACAAACACACAAUAGAAUAAUAUUUUUCUUAGAUUUAUCUAUGAGGGUUCCCAGAUGAGCUUUAGGAUACAUGGGAAAUCUUUCUCCAUUUCAUAUAAGAGGGUGGGCCCUCCUGGAAAAACUCUGGCCAAUACCAUGUAAAGCUUCUCCCCUCUGUGCUGAAGGAAAGGCCCAUUAACAAAUCCACCCCUGCCACCCCCGAGUCAGCUCUACAAUGGUCUGCUCCAGUGUGAGGGUUCCAGGCAGAACUCUGAGUGUUGUCUGUUGAGGCUCAGCCAGGCCUUGGCAACAGCCAAAGCAGCCUUGGAGCCAUGGAUGGGCCCAAGACUGUCCAUCAGAUGUACUCGACACUGGUCCUAAAGGAAUUUUCCAGGCUUGUGACAACAGAUCCUGAAGAACUGAGACCAAAGCCCUAUGAUUUUCCAUGGGAGCUAGUGAUAUAUGUAGCUAUUAUUGGACUUUUUUCUGUUCUACUGAUUUUGUGGAGAAGUUUUCAAUCCGUUCGAAGCCGACUUUACGCAAGAAGAGAAAAACAUCUUGCUGUGAAGCUUUCUGGACUAAUUGAGGAAAAAUGUAAGUUACUUGACAAACUUAGCCUUCUUCAGAAACAGCAUGAUGGCUUGCAGUCAUCGUUAAAGGACGCUAGAUCAGUAGAAGACACCCUUUUGAGGCAGCCUCCGCAAAGGUGGAAAUAUCCAAGUCGAAACUGGAGGAAGUUCUCCUUCUAGGAAACCAGCUGAUAGAAGAGAAAUCUAAACACUGUCAACAAGUUGAAUUGAAUGUGGAAAUGUCAAAAAUGAUACAUUGCCUGGAGGAUGAGUCAAAAGUUCUCAAAUCCAAAGUAGCUAAAGCCAAAAUAACCUUAAGACUCCUUCAGAUCAAUGAAGCACAUCUUAAGGACUCAACAACAGAUGUCUGGAAGGAAAACACCAAACUUCAAGAAAGCUGUAAGCAGCUUUUACGAGAAGCUGAAGCAUGCAAAGAACAAGUGAGUGAACUUCAUAGACAGAAAAUUAAAGUGGAAGACUCUGUGGCACAUGCAGAACAACUUCUAAGUGCCAAGGAAGAUCAUUCUGUCUAUGAGUGAACUUCAUAGACAGAAAAUUAAAGUGGAAGACUCUGUGGCACAUGCAGAACAACUUCUAAGUGCCAAGGAAGAUCACAUCAGGUCUCUAACUGAAUGCCUGCUAAAGAUGAAAGUCUGGCCUAUUCUUCAAGAAUAUGUGACAGGUAACGGGCGCUUGCAAUCAGCAAUGAAGAGUGGAUCAGGAAAUGGCGCUCUCUUAGAUAACCAGACAGAAGAAGCCUUGAGAAAGCUGAUGUAUGCUGUGAAGUUAGAUGGUUCUUUAAAAACCUUAGAACAAGAAAGGAACCAAGUUUAUACACAGUUGUGUGACGUCGAGAGAGCAAGUGAAGAUCUUAAACAGCAUAUUAAAAGUGUCCAGUGUGAACAAGAAAUUUUACAGUGUGAAAAUACAAAGUUGGAAGUUGAGAAUAAGAAACUUUGGCAGAAUAUUAAGAAAAUUAAAGAACUGUAUGAAGAGAAUGGAAUGAAAUUCUACAUGAAAUUUAUGGCAGAAGAUCAUUACCAGCGAGACAUAGAGAAGAAAGUUUCCAAAGCAGAAGAAAAGAUGAGACAGGCGGCUGAAGACCUGCAGACCUAUAAAAAUGCAGCCAGAGAGCUCGAAGAAAAAUUGGAGAGAACCAAUCAUUAUUACCAAAGGCAGAUUGUUUCCUAUGAACAAAAAGCUUAUUUUAACUCCUUGAAAGUUCAGGCUGCUGAAAAACAACUCAAGUAUUUUAGGAAAGUCAAUGCCAGCAAGAGACAAAAGUUACUGAGAAUGCUGUUGGAAUUUGAACAUUUAGAGAAAUGUGGUAUUUCAAAUGCAGCAUGUGGCAGGGAGCAUUUUCCACGUGAUCCCUCACCAUUGGGUGAACCUUCAUCAGAAAGGAAAGCUUUCCUGUCUCCUUCAGUUUUCUUGGAAGGUCCAUUCAGACCUCCACCUUUUCUUCCUCAGGGAGGACAAGGCUCCAGAAGACCAGAGAAUCCUGUAGAGCAUCACAUUAGCAAUGAAAGAAGACAAUCAAGCAAUGACAGGGUGACUGUCCCUCGUAGAGCACCUCCUGAGACUGGAUCCCUGUCUCCUCCAUGCAAACAGGAUGGAAGAAUGAUUUUCCCUCCAUCAGAUCACCCGUGUACUGAUCCAGCUCUUCCUCCACAGAGACAUACUUCAUAUGUGCCUGUUUCAUCUCUGCCUAUGGAAAGUAAAGUAGUGUUUCCAGGUUUUGUUCCUCCUGUCCGAGGUCCAUUCUUCCCAGUGCAUCCAAGCCCCGGACAGUAUUUUGUCCCAAGGGAUUUCUGUGGCCCACCAUAUACCCCAGUUCCAAUGAGAAAUGUCCAUUCACCGAGGGGUUUCCCCAGUUAUCUUCCCCCAAGAGCUGCAUAUUCCCCUGCUGUAGCCACGUUCCUGAAGUAGAAGUGAGUUUUCUUCAGGGUCGAUUCCACCUUCAGAUGAUCCUGCAGCUGAACCUGUAGAACGACAAGAAGAGACUUGGCAGUGUUUUCAUCUCUGCAUAACUUUGACUUCUCUCUUGUUUUUAUGUAAAAGAACUGCUCUUAUGUGUCAUUAUUAUUUACCUUCAAUGUAAGAUUUAAUAGAAGCUUAAUAUUCUGGAUAGUAUUUUAUGAGUAGGUGGUUUAAAUAGGAUUCUUAUAUUAUUUCCAUUCUCUUUUAUUUAGAUAGUAUGUUUUGUUUUCAUUUUGUUCUAGAUAAGUUUUCAUUUGAUUAUUUAAUCUACAAUUACAUAAACAAGAAUUGGAGUUUUAUGUAGGAAAUCUUGCAGUGGAGCUUUUCAAUUCCACAGUUUAUGUAUUUAGACCUAAAAUACAUUUAGUACAAUGAUAGACUAUAAACGUAAGGUCUCCUUAAAUUGUUUUCACUUCUCUCUCAUUUUCAGUUAAAAUUACUACAGUUAGUCAUUAUACUUUAUCUCAAAUUAAAGCUUUCUAGAAUUAUAACUAUCAGAAUAAAAUUUUAUAAGUAGAUGAUUAAAAUAGGAAUAUUAUUUUAUUCCAUUCUAUUUUAUUUAGGUGUUUUGUUCCUUUUGCAUUGUACUCUAGAUAGUAUGUCGAUUUGAAUUUGAUUGUUUAAGGCACUAUUACAUCAGUAAUACUUCCAGUUUUAUCUAUGUAACCGUGCACUGGGCUGUUUAAACUCCAAAGUUGUGCCUUUAUGCCCAAAAAUGUAUUUGCCAUAAUUGUAGACCAACAGGAAAGUACGCUCUCUUUCAAAAUACUUUUGACUUCUGUCAUUUCAGUUUCAGUUACUACUGUUACUUAGUAACUCUCUGAAGUUGGACCUUAGUAGAGUUAUAAUGGUGAGGAUGGUAUUUUAUAAAUAGAUGAU